AUGGUUUCCAUCGCCAAGCCCAACUUCCAAUUCAAGCUGGGACUGGGUCCUCGAUCCCGUGGCCUCGCUCUCUCCCAUCCCUUUCCGCCGCCCUCACUCUCUCCCCUCCCUUUCCGUCGCCCUCAUUCUCUCCCCUCCCUUUCCAUCGCCCUCGUUCUCUUCCCUCCCUUUCCGCCGCCCUCGCUCUCUCUCAUCCCUUUCCGUCGCCCUCGUUCUCUCCCCUCCCUUUCCGCCGCCCUCGCUCUCUCUCAUCCCUUUCCGUCGCCCUCGUUCUCUCCCCUCCCUUUCCGCCGCCCUCGCUCUCUCUCAUCCCUUUCCGUCGGCCUCAUUCUCUCCCCUCCCUUUCCGUCGCCCUCGUUCUCUCCCCUCCCUUUCCGCCGCCCUCGCUCUCUCUCAUCCCUUUCCGUCGCCCUCGUUCUCUCCCCUCCCUUUCCGCCGACCUCGUUCUCUCUCAUCCCUUUCCGUCGCCCUCAUUCUCUCCCCUCCCUUUCCGUCGCCCUCGUUCUCUCCCCUCUCUUUCCGUUGCCCUUGCUCUCUCUCCCUCCCUUGCCGCCGCCCUCGCUCUCUCCCCUCCCUUUCCGCCGCCCUUGCUCUCUCUCAUCCCUUUCCGUCGCCCUCGUUCUCUCCCCUCCCUUUCCGUCGCCCUCGCUCUCUCCCCUCCUUUCCGUCGCCCUCAUUCUCUCCCCUCCCUUUCGUACUUGCUAUCUCCCCUAG